AUGGCUUAAAGAGAUCAAAUUUAAUACGAUCAACUGUAACUUUGCUCAUUGGAAGUCCAAAAUUUCAAAUCAUUUGAGGGACAUCAUGUAAUAGGGCCAUGCUUGUCGUUUACUGCAAUAGUGGGUCCAAACGGAGGAGGGAAGUCGAACAUUUUGGAUGGUAUUGCUUUCUGCUUACUUUUAAAACAUAUCUCAAAGAAGCACAAACAUUUGAAUGAAUUGAUUUACAGAGAGGAGCAUGAGAACUAUAAAGAGAACAGAAGAGAGAUGUCAGUCAAGCUUAACUUCAAAGCAGUAUAAAUCCUUUCAGGCUAGACCCAAGAAUUCAGUCUAAAGAGAAUGAUAAAUGCAAAUGGAAUCCAAGAGUACUUCUUCAAUAAUCAGCCGCUAUUAGCUGAAGAGUAUCUUAUGAAGAUAAAUGACUAUCAUCUUAAUAUCAACAACUUUUGUGCCUACUAAGGUAAACUUGAAGAACUUUGCUUCAGACAGGAAGGCCAACAUCUUGUCCAAAUGUUUGAGGAACUAUCAGGUUCACUUCAGUUUAAGCCUCAAUGCGAUCAACUAAAUUAAAAGAUAGCCAAAUGUGAUGAUCAAAUCAAGGAUGACACUGAAAUACUGCACAAUCUUAGAAUCGAGAAGGUCAAACUUAAAGGACUUCAGGACUUUGUUGAGUAGAUGAAAGAUUGUCUCCAAUAGUAGAAGGAAAUCGAAUCCUAACUUCACUUUUCUGAUAUCUUAUUAUCUGAGAAGAACAUUAGAUACUAUGAUGAGUAGCUAUCCACUUAUACUAAUAGCUUCUAAGAGACUAUUCAGAUGAGAUAAGAUGUACUAAAUGAAAUGAGAAAGCAAGAAGCUGAGAUGAAAAAGCUCUAGAAUUAGGAGGAGAAUACCCAGAAAAAGCUAAAGUCAAAGAAAGAUGAACUCCUUUCAAUGCAGAGCAACUAAUUCAAUAAGUAAAAAGAGAUAGACAGCACUAAAAAUAUGAUCACGUAGAAAAGGAAUAUGCUUCACCAAUUUUAAAGUGAAGUUGAUUAGGUACAACAAAAGAUUAAAGAAAAUAGAUAGAGUAUUGAAGCUUCAAGGUAAAAACUGAACACUAUUAAUGAGCAAAUGAUUGAUAAUGAAGAUUUAAAAAUGCAGGAUUCAAUCAGAGAUGAAUACUUGACAAUAAAAAGUAAAAUUGAAUCAGAGAAUGCUUAGAUUGGCAGAUAAAUGGCUUUGAUAGAGUAGAAAAUAAACUAUCUCAACCAAAGGAAAGCGAAUUUCCAGGGACAAAUUUAUUAGCAAAAGAAUUAGAAUUCUAAGGUAUUAGACUUUGAACAUCAAUAGAUAGAAAUUAAUGAACUCAAGAAAGAGUAAAAGGCAAAGGAACAGGAAUUGAAGCAACUGCAUAGUAGCCUAGCAUAGCUCAAGGAUCAGUAAGUUAAUAAUAAGGACUCUAUUAAAGUCCUAGAAAAGACUCUACUUGAGAAGGAAUACGAGUUGAAGGACUUUGAAAAUGAGAAGCAACUAAAAUCGUAGGAUGUAAAGCUAUCUCAGAUUUUGGAAGAACUAAAGAAAAGAUGCAAGGGAUACCUGGGCUAACUCUAUGAAUUAAUCAAGCCUAUUAAUGCUUAGUAUGAUAUCGCAGUGAAAGUAGCUCUUAGCAAGUGUCUGAGAUUUCUAGUAGUGGAUACACCUCAGACUGCUGAAUACUGUACUGAGUUUCUAAAGGAAAAAGGGCUUUUCAAGGAUGUGCUUGUACUUUCUAAUGUUCCAGAGAGACACUUAAACUCAAAGCUAGUAAAGGAUAUUAAGCAGGAUGGCAAUCUAGUCUACGAUGUAUUGGAAGUGAGCAGGAGACAUUAGCAUCUAGACAAGGCUAUAAGAUACUUUGUGGCAGAUAAGGUUGUUUGCAAGAACUUUGACACAGCAAUCAAGCUUCAAAGAAUGGGCGUCAAGGAUAUAGUCACAGAGGAUGGGACUGAAUUCAAGCAGGGCAUGAUUAGUGGAGGUCAGCACACCAACAUCUUCAACCUGAAUCUUGGUAACUUUAAGAUGGACAGAGACAUCAAAAGACUAGUAGACGAGAUAUCAAACUUGGAAUAGAAAUUGAAUGCUCUUAAAGAGGUUGAGAAUGGGGAUAAUGGAAUACUUAAGGUUAUGAGAGAUAUAUCCAGAGUUGAAACUGAAGUGGAAUUGAUUAAACAAAAAAUAGUCGAAAAGGAUAAAGAGACGAAAAAUUAUAAGGAAGCACAAUCAGACUUUUAAAAAUCAGUCUAGACUUUGGAGAAACAAAUCCAAGAGAUAUAAAAACAACUAGAUCAAGCAACUUCUACUAAAGACGAUCUUCAAAGAGACCUUAGUGAAGCAUAAACAGAUGCCUAUUCUAAAUUCGUUUAAAGACUAGGCUUUAAGAGCAUCUAGGACUAUGAAAAUUCACAGCAAAACCAGUAAGUUAGCAGUCUUAAUGAGGAAAAGAAUAAACUGCUCCAGACAAUCUCAUAAUGUGAGAAGGAAAUAGAGUUCCUUGAAAGAAACGACAACUUUAAGAGCAUGCAGGCUCUUGAGGCUGUUCUCAAACAAGAAGAAGACAAACUUCACAGUCUUAUUAGCGGUCAAUAUCACGGGGACAUGGUGCAAAAACUUCAAGUAGAGAUAAAGGAUCUGGACUCUGAGAUCCAACUCAUUAAGAAGAACAUAUAAGAUGUCAAUAGCAAGCAAAUGUCUCAGAAGAGCCAAAAUGAGAGUUUGUAGAAUAGACUUGAGCACUUUCAAAAAGAAAUCAACAUCAAUAAAAUCCAACUAAAAAAUGAGUAACUCGUUAAGCAAGCAAGGUUUGAAGAAGCCUAACUUAGCCAUAUGAUUGAAAAUAAUGCUAAUGAUAUUUCUCAACUUGACUUCAAUCACAAACUAGGCAUUGAAAACAUAGAUGAGAUUACUAUAGAGGAAGUCUAAGAGCUUAUUGCCAUAAAGAAAGAAAAGCUAAGAAAACUGAAGUUAAAGGAGGACGAAUUCAACAAAAAUGCUGCUCUUGUCCCUGAAAGUGAUCCUAAUGUUGCUCUAAUCAAUGACAAGAUCACCUAGCUCAAAGAUAAUGUAGAUAAACUGAGUUAGGAAAAGCAGCAAUACGUCAGUGAAUUGAAAAAACUAUCAGAGUAGAGAUUAAACCUAUUCUUGAUGUUCUUUGACAACGUAGCCUCAAUCAUUAAUGAUGUCUAUGCCGAACUCACAGUAAAAGAUUCAAACCUAAAUCAAGGUGGCAAAAUCAGCAUCUUCAUUGAGGACAGAUCAAAUCCUUUCUAGAAGAACAUCCAUUUCUUCCCUAUGCCACCAUCUAAAUCACACAUCUAUGAUGUUUCCUAACUAUCGGGAGGUGAGAAAACUGUUGCAGCACUUGCCUUGAUAUUUGCUUUGAUUUAAGUCAGAAAGCCUCCUUUGUUAAUUUUAGAUGAAGUUGAUGCUUUCCUUGAUUAGGAAAAUGUGCAUCUUGUCACCGGCUUCAUCAAAAAUAAGUUAAAGACCCAAGUCUUGAUUAUUAGUCACAAGGAAAUAGUGAUUAAGCACACCGACUCCUUAAUUGGAGCAUCAUUUUCCAAGGAUCAAAGAACCAGUCUUACUCACAGUUUAGACCUCAGAAAGUAUCUUGACAAGUGA